AUGUUGCUCUCGCCUGCUGUCAAAACUUCUUACCUCAACACCAUGGCUGCUCGCUCAUCGCCUACUCCUAAGCGAAGGGCCGAGGCCGAAGAGAACCUCGAGACUUGCCCUCUUUCAGGCAAGCGUGCUCGCCCUACCAUUCCUCUUCGAAGCUCUAGAUCCGGUAGCUCCUUCCAGGUGCAGCAGUUUCAACAGCAGUCUCAGAUGCCUUCUCAGUUCACUCAGCAUCCCUUUGCGAGCUCAUCCGAUGUGACGCUCGAUGAUCUAAGCACCCAGCAGCAAAACCAACAGCCUAGCAUCUUCACGCACUCAUCCGCCUCUUCCGACAAGGGCAAGGGCGCGGAGAACACCUUCUCGUUCGCCUCGUCCUCGAACGAUAACCCUCACUGGCUCAAAGUGGUCACUUCCUACGGCUACACCUUUAUCAAGUCCGACGAGCUUCACCUUCUCCAAGGCAAUGCCGAUAUUCAGAUGGUCAUUGAGCCUUCAAACCCAGCUCAUCAGAACCAAGUGCCAGCCUCUCCGCCAGCACAGAUGCGUUAUCCCAUGGGUGUCGAGUUUCCACCUACACCUUCGCCCUCCGAUGAUGGCACCGGUUCCUCUUCGGCUAACCGAUACUUUGCGCAGCAGCAUACCACGGGCAAACCCCUCUGGGAGCAUGUUGAAGGCGAUCAAGAGGCUGCACGAGCUCAGGCUCAGGCGCAGAUGGCAGUUGGGGGCGGUGAUAUCAAUGAGAUGAUGACGGACGGAUGGUGA